UGGCUGAAUGGAGUGAUGGUGGUGCAGAGGAUCAAGGCUGUGGAGGGGCAGACGCGGCUGCUGGUGGUGGACAAAGAGACGGAUGAGGAGCUCCGCCGGCGGCAGCUGACCUGCACCGAGGAGAUGGCUCACGGAGGGCUUCCGCCGGCCAGCGAAUCCUGGGAACUGAAGUCCGACUGGGCACGCGUGGGCAGCCUCAGUUCUGACACUGGCCAGAAGGGUGUCAAUGGGCCCCCAAGAGAGCUGCGCCCGCGGCUCUGCCAUAUGCGCAAAGGACCCCAGGGCUACGGCUUCAACCUGCACAGCGACAAGUCCCGGCCGGGCCAGUACAUCCGCUCUGUGGACCCGGACUCCCCUGCCUCCCACUCUGGCCUCCGGGCCCAGGACCGGCUCAUCGAGGUGAAUGGACGCAACGUGGAGGACCUGCGCCACGCCCAAGUUGUGGCCAGCAUCAAGGCGCGGGAGGACGAGGCCCGGCUGCUGGUGGUGGACCCCGAGACGGACGAGUACUUCAAGCGGCUGCGGGUCACCCCUACUGAGCAGCACGUGGAAGGUCCACUGCCAUCGCCAGUCACCAACGGGACCGGCUCCGCCCAGCUCAAUGGUGGUUCAGUGUGCUCGUCCCGCAGCGACCUGCCCGGCUCCGACAAGGACACUGAGGAUGGCAGUGCCUGGAAGAGAGACCCCUUCCAGGAGAGCGGCCUCCACCUCAGCCCCACGGCAGCCGAAGCCAAGGAGAAGGCUCGAGCCACGCGGGUCAACAAGCGGGCACCGCAGAUGGACUGGAACCGGAAGCGGGAGAUCUUCAGCAACUUCUGAGCCCCUCCCCGCUGUCCGGGCCCCUGGACCUCCUCCUGUGCCGACCUCGGGACCGAAACAAGCCCCUCUGGCCUCAGUGGACGAGAGGGCGGUCUCCACGCCACCCAGAAAACUACCCAUGCCCCAGGGAGUCCCCAGUCCUGCCUCCCAUCCACUGGGAGCUGGGGCUGCUGCAGCAGGUGGAAGGGGAGGGAGAGGCAGAGACAUGAGGGACACAGAGAUCAGAGACAGGAAGAGAGACACCAGGAGAAUGAGAAAGACAGACAGAGAGAGAGAGGAGAGGAGGACAGUGUGCGACUGCUGGCCAGCGUCUUUGCUGCUCUACCCUGGGUCUGCUGACUAAAAGGAACGAGUUUCUGCUUUUUUUUUUUUUCCAAAAAGAUCUCCAGCUCCCCACAUGUUUCCACUUAAUACGAGAGCCCCCCUUCCCCCCACCAGGACACGCUCUCCAAAUAACCGCAAUAAAACAAACCUUUCACGGCAAACCAUUUCCUCCACGACCCCUCGGCCGCGCCAUCCUGAGUGGAGCCCCGGGGCCCAGGCCAGGUCCACAUGGGACUCUGGGUAAGGCUGGAGAAGCCAGGCAUUGCUGUGAGAGCUGUCCUCCACCCUCCCCAUGACCCCCCUGGUGUGUGGGGUUCCUAGGCCAGCCCCCCCCGACCCCCGCUUCUCUGUGCUGCUCCCACCUUGCGGGUGGGCUGGAGUGAAGGGCCUGGGCUUGAUGACAAAGGCCCCAUCCCCCAAGGGGACGGCCUCCGGACAGGCCCCCGGUCCUGCACCUCUGCUCCAGGCCUGGGGAUCACGGAGCUGCUCCCUGGAAGACCCCUGGGCUUCAGAAACCAGCCCCUGCCUUGCGCCUGCCUGGCGCCCACCCCCAGACACCCCGUCAACUCCGCCCUUUCCUCGGCACCCUGAACCGCUGGACCUGACCGACCAGCACUGCUGUCUGCCUUGUAAGCCAUAGCGCAUGCGCGCCCUCAGAAUAAACGGGCCUUGCCUCUGA